ACAGUCGGUGCUGGUGCUGCUGCUGCUGCUGCUGCUGCUAAGUGGGGCACCGUCACAAGGCAGACGCCCCAAAAAUAGACACUCGAAUAAACGGAGAGGAGAGAUGCUGCUGCUGCCCAGCAGCACCGUAGUGCAGAUGCCGCCGCCGAUGCCGACGGGCUGUGCCUCUGCCUCCGCCUCCUCCACAUCGCAUUCGUCUGGCCUGGUGCUGGGCGUCUGUUGUGACCAGCUGAUGCCACAGCAUCCACAUCCACAUCCACACCCAUAUCCAGUGCAUCGCACAACGACAGCAGUCCCAGGCCCAGGCCCAGGCCCAGUUCCAGUUCCAGUUUCAGCAACAAAGAAGCCACCAUUGCUGGAGAGGGAGAGGCAGAAGGAGAGGCAGCUUCUUGCCACCAAAUGGCCGCCGCCCUGCUUCAUUGUCCUUGCAUCGCUGCUGGAGAUUUUUGUAUUCGUGUGCGUGGGUCAGGUCCCUCCGGAGGACUCUGUGCUCAUCUAUCGCCCCGACCUGCGCCUCCAGCUGUGGCGCUUCCUCAGCUACGCCCUGCUCCACGCCAGCUGGCUCCACCUGGGCUUCAAUGUGCUCACACAACUGCUCUUCGGCCUGCCCCUGGAGAUGGUGCAUGGCUCUGCCCGGACGGGAGUGAUCUACAUGGCGGGCGUUCUGGCCGGAUCCCUGGGCACCAGUGUCGUCGACUCUGAGGUGUACCUGGUGGGCGCCAGUGGGGGGGUCUAUGCUCUCUUGGCUGCCCAGGUGGCCAGCGUGCUGCUGAACCUGGAGCAGAUGCGUCAUGGAAUCCUGCAGCUGAUGGCUGUGAUUCUGUUUGUUUUCUGCGACCUGGGCUACGCUCUGUAUUCCAGAGACCUCGAGGAGCUGCAGGCGCGCCCCACUGUCUCCUACAUCGCCCACAUGACGGGCGCCCUGGCCGGCUUGAGUGUGGGUCUGCUGCUCCUCCGGCAGCUGGACGGGGGCCUGCGUCCGCGGCUGCUGCGCUGGCUGGCACUGGGCGUGUGGUCGGCAUUCAGUGUCUUUGGCAUAGCCUUCAAUCUGAUCAACACGGUGACCGCCCAGCUCCUGGCCGAGCAGGAGGGAGAGGUGCUCAAGCAGCACCUGCUCCACGACCUGGGAAUGGGUUAAAAGACUUCAUCACAUCAUAUCUUAUGCUUUAGUCUCUAGUCACUAGAUGGUAAGACUCUCCCCCUCCCCCAGGACAGUGUGUGCUCAAAAAGAACCUUAAGUAUCUCUCGGAUAUCUGCUCAAAGUACUCUUUAAACUUAAGACCCUCGAAAGGAAAACAAAACAACAACAACAUUUACAUGUGUAUCUUAUGCCAAUGCCAAAGGAGUGGAGAGCCAGGCUCACAUCAGAGACUUUCCAAAAGAAAAACCAAAGGAUCGCAUGAAGGUUUUGCUCUCUAUUUUGGGAUGGUGGAUCCCAUCCAUCCAUCCAUCCAUCCGAUUGCCUAUUUAGUUAUAAUGCCAAAAGACAACCAGAGCUUGAAAGACGGUAAACGUUAAGCAAUAAAGAACUUCAAGAUUUCAGAAGGAAGAACUAGAGAUAUCCCAGUAGUAAGUAUGAACAAAUGAAGAACUAAAUACAUCGAAAUAAUGUGCUGGAGAUAUAUAGAUACUAUCUAACGAAAGAACUUAUGAGGAAAGAACUGAAAGAAUGUACUAAAGAUAUCCAAAUGAACUACACAGUAAUGAAAUCUUCAAUAAAUUGCUAAGCUACAUAA